UUGCUGUUGUUGUUCGCGCAACACGGCAACCGCAACAACGUAUGUAUGUACAUACAUGUGCAUUUAUAUGUAGUGGCAGCAACACCCAUUGAUAUCGGCGACAUAUGGUUGGCGCAGUCAGUCGAUUGUCGCUUUUGAAACGCGCCGCGUCGCCGUUCUAAAGUGUUUUCAACUUGAGUAAAAAUAAAAUUUCAAAAAAAAAAAGAUCAACCAGGCCAGACCGCCUGAUAGACGCGUAUGAAAUCUUCAGACACUCGGCGGUGUAGAAAAUUGCGAAGAAACAUUUUAUAAGAAUAAUAUAAAAAGUCAAAAGAUGUGCAACACCAGUUAAAUAAAAAUAAGGAAUAAAAGUUGAAAAUACCAACAAAAAUUAUACAAUCAUACAUAUCUACACGCAUACACAUACAAACACAGUGUGUGGAUUAAUAAAACCUCAAUUAAGGCAAUAAUACUCGCUUAAAACUGUCAGUUAGUUAAAUAAAAUAAUAUAAAAUUGAGCGAGACAAUGAAAAGUGUAUGAAAAAAAAAUAAAAAACAGCAACAACAAACAAUUGCAGAAUAAUUUUCAAUUUAAUAAUUAAAAAAAUUAAAGAAAGAAAACUAAACAUUGUGACACACAAUAAAAGAAAUAGAGAACAGAAGUAUCUUUUCAGCAGCACAUCAACGGGGAAAAGUGAAACAUACAUACAUACAUACUUACCUAUCACUGGGAGUAGGAAUUUUCUUUGCUGCGGGAAUUCAAAGCUGAAGACGUCUCGACUUUUACAUAAUUAAAAAGCAACUUUCAUAAAAGCUGACAACGUAAUCAGUUGAUAAAAAGCGAUACAACACAGCGGCUCGCUACGCGACGCGCAGCAGCAAUUUUGGGCGGUUUCACACCUACUGGCGCCUCACACUUAGCCCAGCCUAGUCAUUAGAAGUCACACCCGCACCUACAUACACAGGUUAAGGAAAAUGUCGCUGUCACAUACACACUCGCCAGCGAUUAAGCUCCCUUUAGCUUAUGCUUCUUUGUUGCUACUCUGCGCCCUACUCGUCCAGGGUUCGCCCGCGCCGAAUAAGGAGGUCGCAAGCAGCAAGGUGAAUAGCACAACAACAGUAGCAACAGCCUAUCACUGCCCUGAUGACUGUGAGUGCACUUUGGCGCACAAUACGCACACACCACUGUUGCACGCCAAAUGCACCAGUCUCGAGGGUUUACGCUCAUAUGAAGCCACAGAGACCUCACUGCCCAUACACUCGCUAGAUCUAUCCUAUUUGAAUUUGAAGCGUCUCUCACAUCCUUUGGAGAAACUGCCCAGUGUCACAUCCUUAGAUCUCUCACACAACGAUUUGCAUGAGAUCGGUCAUCUCGGUCGACGCAUUAAGAAGUUGAACCUCAAACAUAACCGCAUCAAUUCGAGCAAGUUGACCAAACUGCCGGCACAUGUACAAGUCUUGAAUCUGCAACACAAUGAUAUCACUUAUUUACCAUUGGAAAUGACACGCCUCUCUAAUUUAGUCACACUCGAGUUGAGUCAUAAUCAAAUUAAUUGCUCUUGUGAGACAUUGGCGGUGCGUAAUUGGUUGCAGGAACGUCAUGUAUUUAUGGAACACGCCGUCACAUGCACGUACCCCGUCGAGGUGAAGGGCAAGCCAUGGUUGCAGGUUAAACAGUCGGAUAUUUGUGAGCACGAGAAGAAUGGUCGUCUCACAGAUGAGGAGGAUAACGAGCUGAUGAUGGGCGAUCAACCAGUUGAGGGUUCCGGUGAUCAGGAUGAUGAGGAUGAGCUGGGCAAUUCAUUCAUACCACUGGACAAAACGAGCACACCCAAAUCUAAUGUCGUACAAUUGGAUACAGUUGAGGGCUCGGGUGAUUUGAGUGAUGUGAAUGCACCUGUGAAUUUGGCGAUGACAACUGUGCUGCCAGCCGUAGAAAGCUCACAGGAACAUGUUACAACGGAUGCGGCACCACUGCCAAUUGAACAGGAGGAAGACGAUGAUGAUGGCUCGGGCAGCGGUGCCGGCAUACUAUUAAUACCCAGCAUUGCACGUGGUCACUUUAUCACCGAUGAUUUUGAGGCACCCAACGAGGAUGAUACUGAUGAUGCCUUCGACAACAAACCAGUGGAACAGCCUACGCCAGAGGAAGAGGACAGUCACCACAAGCAAGCCGCUGACAUCUUUGGUAACGGCAUGGGCAUAUUCGAAACAGGUGAUAGCGGUGCUAAGCAUACAUCGGAGUCACCAGAAGUUACCGAAGAAGCGAUCGUGCCAAUUGUGCAAUAUAAUGGCGAGUCAGAGAACGUGCCCAAUUUAAGCACGGAAGGUCCAACGAAUGGCGAAUCCAGCGCCAUUUUAACAGCGAAUGUGAGUGGCGAGAAAAAGGACGAGAGCAACGCCACCUACUUACUGCUGGGCGUGCUCGGUUUCAUUGUAAUCGGCUUGAUACUCUAUGUGGGCAUCAAGCGCUGCAAACACAAUCAUAAUGCCGCACACGAUGCCGAAAAUCCACGCCAAACCGAAUUACUCGACAUGGAUAAAAAGAAUUUGGGCAAACCGGUGCGUAAUGGCAACGAACAUGCACCACUUAUUGGUGAUCAAACCAAAGCGGAUCUCGCCAAACCGAUUAAUGGCACCGGCCAAAAGAAACCUUACGAUGCGAACGACGUUAAAGAUGGUCCGGGUCAACAGCAACCACUGCUGAAUGGUAGCAAUGGUACAGCGCCGAACGACCAAGUGCACAAAGAGACUGCACCAGCCGCCACAGAAGCGACCGCACCACAUGAAUAUCAUCCAAUCACACCACGUUACCCCACACCGAAGUCGCCACGCGCCUCCAAAUAUGCACAAUAUCCGCAAGAGGGUGCGGAGCACAAUAACAACAAUAAUGAUGACAGUUAUCUGCCUUCGUCGCCGAAAUUGGGACGCUACUCACCAGUAUAUUCGCCCGAAACGGGACGUGUCAAAAUCAAAUUGACCGAAACGCCACGCCCCAAAACACCAAUGCUGGUGACACGUAGCAAAUCGAAUGCGGGCGAUAUUAUAACGACGCCUGUCGUAGCGACGAACGGCAUUGACAACAGUCUCACAGUGCCCGGUGUGCAUGCGCCGACGGCGACGUUGGUGAAUGGCCACUAAGCGGUGUGGCGUGGCGCGGUGCGAUGCGAAGCGCAGCGGAGCGGUACGUCGUGGUGAGUACUCGGUACUCGGCGGUCAGGUGGCGUAUAGUCUGGCCGUGCGCGUGUGCUGCCGUUCGCAUUCUAACGGUGCUAAACGAAUUACUAACUGCAAAUAAGUUAAUUUUCGAAAGUGAAAGCAAAAACUAAUUAAGGUGUAAGUUGUGCAGCUGAGCUGGGAGAGAGCGAAAGAGUUAAGGGUUGGUGGAAAACAGUUUUAGGGAGAGAUCAUCAAAGGGAUCAUGUAGAGUAAUUUCUUAGUAAUACAGAUACCUUUUAAAUAUUAUAUUGGCAGAUUUUUUUUAUUUUAAUUUUUUUUUAUAAAAUUGCUUACAAAAUUUCCAAGAAUUACAUAUUUCUCGCGCAACAGCAUGCUGGCUCCACUCUGACGUCAUAACAUUUAUUUGCGCUCAAAACUUAUGCUCACUCAAACUAAGUUCAGAUAUAUUUUAUAAUUAAUUGAAAAGUCGCUAAAAAUUGAAAAAAAAACCUGUAAAAAGAGCGACGAGUUCCUACGCCAUACCGCGAAGAGUCCUGUGAGCGUCAUGCAACUACCAAGAAAAAUCUCUCACCAGCUCUCUCAAGCUGCACCAAAUACAACAAGCAACAACAAUAACACUAAAAAAUAUCAAGCCAACUGUUGAAGACAAAAAACACUAACUGGAAAUGUACAGUUAGCAAGAGCAACAAUAUAUUGUGAUAGGUUAAUUAUAUACACGUACAUACAUAAAUUAUUUAAAUAAUUAAAAAUUAUUAAAAUUAUAAUUUUUUCAUUUAUUCUCCUUGUUUUAUGUUAAUAAAAUACACAAAAAAAAAAUUAUAUAAAAAAAAGAUAAUCUAAAAACUAACGAUACUUAUGAUAAUAACUGUAUAAAGCGAGAAUUAAAAUAGAAAAUUGCGAAAAUUUUAUAUUUAAAAUUAAUGGCUGAAAAAAAAAUUACUAAA